UUUUCACCUUGGUCCCCGUCUCGAAAGUUCAAUGAAGGCAGACGCCUCCCUCCGGCCAGGAACAUGAAGGGCUUAUCGGGCAGCCGCUCCCAGCACCAGAUCCCUUUACCCCAUGGCUUGGACUACGACCCCCACAUCCAUGACCUCCAUGCUCACCAUGGCGCUGACUCCCGCCACCAGUCCUACCUGCUCAGCCCCACGGAGAGCUGCCCCAUGGACUUCCACCACCGCUACUCGCCGCGCAGCUCCAUCCACUCUGACUGCAUGAUCAUGGGGCCGGUCAUGAUGCCUCCAGCUGCCGUGUCCGAACACAUCUCCAGCAGCACCUUCCCCAGAAUGCACUACAGCUCACAGUAUUACGACUCAGCCACCCGGGACGACUGCGCUGCCAUCACAGCCUCUGCCACCUCCCCAGCCGUCGCUGCCGCUGCCGCCGCGGCCGCUGCCUCCGCCCACCACGCCGGCAACAAGAGCAACCGCCUUCCUGCUAACCUUAUAGACCAGUUUGAAAAACAAAUGCCACUACACCGUGACGGCUUCCACACAUUACAGUACCAGCGCACCUCCACCACCACCGAGCAACGCAGCGAGAGUCCCGGCCGCAUCAGGCACCUUGUUCAUUCUGUCCAGAAGCUCUUCACAAAGUCUCACUCCCUGGAGGGCUCGUCCAAGAUGAACGGCACAAAAGGUGAUAGUGGAGGAGGUGGAGGAGGAACGGGAAGUUAUCACCAUCACGGCCACCACUCCACCAAACACGGUAGCAAGAGGAGCAAGAGCAAAGAGCGCAAGCACCGCUCGGGUGGCUGGUGGAGCUCCGACGACAAUCUGGAUAGUGACAGCACCUACCGCACGCCCAGUGUCAUGUCGCGGCACCACGGGGAACACGUCAGCCACUGUUACCCGGAAUCCAUGCACAGCCACCACUUUGGAGACCUGUCGCUAAAGACCUCUAAGAGUAACAAUGAUGUCAAGUGCUCGGCCUGUGAGAGCAUGGCCAUGGCGCCUGAGGGCAAAUUCAUGAAGAGGAGCUCCUGGUCGACACUGACAGUCAGCCAGGCGAAGGAGGCCUACAGGAAGUCAUCGCUCAAUCUAGAGAAACCCAUAAUGCAUAUGGACCUCAAGCCUUCACGGACAUGUCACUACCUGCAGGUUCCCCAGGACGAGUGGAGUGGUUACCCCGGCGACAAAGACGAGGAGAUCCCCUGUCGGCGGAUGCGCAGCAGCAGCUACGUCAAAGCUAUGGGAGAGGUGGAUGAUGAAAGUGGCGACUCUGACACCAGCCCCAAGACCUCCCCCCAGAAGGCCGUGCGGCCUGACGCUCUAGUCCUCAAAUCAGCCAUGCAGAGAGCCCAUUUCGACCCCCACAGCCAGGGCUACCACUUGCAAACCACAAGAGAAAUGCGGCCCCACCCUAGUGUCACGCUGGACCCCGCCUCCUUCCACCCGCCGCCCUUCCGAUCUCGCAACCAGAGCUACAUGCGCGCAGUCAGCACCCUCAGUCAGGCUAGCUGCGUCAGCCAGGUGAGUGAGACUGAGGUCAAUGGCCAGUUUGAGUCAGUUUGCGAGUCCGUUUUUAGUGAAGUAGAAUCCCAGGCCAUGGAGGCCUUGGACCUGCCUGGUUCGUUCCGCACUCGAAGCCACAGUUACCUCCGUGCAAUUCAGGCUGGUUAUUCCCAAGAUGACGACUGCUUGCCUUCAAUGACAUCCUCCACUGUCACUUCAACUCUCAGAUCCACAACAGCGGUAUCAUAUCCUCCUAGUUACAAGAAGACUCCACCUCCUGUGCCCCCGCGCUCCACCACCAAGCCUCUUAUCUCUGUGACAGCCCAGAGCAGUACAGAGUCCACCCAAGAUGCCUACCAGGAGGGCAGGCAUCCACGGGGCGGUCUGUGGACCACGGACAGCCUCGGCCGUCCCAUCUACAGCUCCACGGACAGCCUGGACAGCACCAAGGCGGUCACCAUGGCCAUGGAGUCAGCAGCAGGCAAGAGGCACGCAUCCUCGGGCAGCCACACCUCCGUCCAGACAUGCGACAAAGCAGUGCUGGUGUCCAAGGCCGAGGAGUACCUCAAAACCCCACGUUCCUCCAUCGGGAUACAGGUGGAAACUGUGACCGACUCGGAGUCAGAAAGUAAAGCCCUUCCUCAGUUCCAUUCAAUCGGGAUCCAGGUGGAGGAUCACAAACGGCAUGGGCGGUUCAAGCGCUCAAACAGCGUGACCACUGCUGUGCAAGCAGACAUGGAGCUGGAGGGCUUUCCCUCCAUGGAGGACAAGGGCCUGCAGUUUGGCGGCGGCUUCGGUCGCCACUCGGAGCCGAGCACGCCGACGCAGUACGGGGCCAUCCGCACGGUGCGCACGCAGGGCCUGUUCAGCUACAGGGAGGACUACCGGCCGUCCAGUGGGCCGUCCAGUCCGCAGCCCGAGCCCUGGCUGGUGGGGCCCGGCAUGGACGGCACCGAGGCCGGCCGCGUGUCCCCCCUCCGCAGGGACGGCAGCUGGUUCAUGCAGCUCCUCCACAAUGAAACCAAGCGGCUGGAGGGAUGGUGCAAAGAGAUGGAGAGAGAAGCAGAGGAACACGACAUGUCGGAGGAGAUUCUUGGAAAAAUCCGGAGCGCAGUGGGAAGUGCUCAGCUGCUAAUGUCUCAAAAGUUUCAGCAGUUUUACUGGUUAUGUCAGCAGAAUCUGGACCCCAGUGCCAUGCCCAGACCCACAUCUCAGGACCUGGCUGGAUUCUGGGACCUGCUGCAGCUUUCCAUCGACGACGUCACUGCCAAGUUCGAUGAGCUGCAGCAGAUCAAGAGCAACGAGUGGCAGCUGGUGGAGAGUCCGGAGAAGAAGGAGCGGAAGUGGCCCCCACCCCUGCCCAAGCGGCCAGCCAAGGGCCACGGUGUUAUAACGCGGGAGCGCUCUCUGGACCUUCAGGACCGCCAGCGGCACGAAGCCCGGAGACGCCUCCUGGCUGCCAAACGAGCAGCUUCUUUCAGACAGAACUCAGUCACCGAGAGGGCGGACAGUAUCGAGAUCUACAUCCCAGAGGCCCAGACCCGGCUUUGA